ACAAGCAUUACACUCACCGCCCCUUGCACUGUAUAUUAUUUCUCCUUAUCUUGAGCUAUUGGAUCCAUAUCUUCCCAAGAGAGAUUAGAUAUCAGGAUAGCCAUUGCAUGUGGAACGUGAGAUUGUGCUAAGCGAUGUCACAAUAUCUUUUUCUCUGAAAGAGCGACAAAUAACGUGAUUGAGGUGUGAAAAAAUUUAUUUGAUUAAAUAAUCAAUUAAAUAAUUAUCGCUUCCUAUUUGGGAAGUAGAGAUCAUCCAGAAAGAUGGCACGGUCCAGACGUCUUCGUUUGGAUGAGGUUGUCAGCUCAGUACCAGAAUUAGGGCCUUCUGUACCGGAUGGAGGAUACUCAUGGAUCAUUUUACUAGGAGUCGUCACCAUCCAGAUGACUGUACCUAGUAUUUUGUCUAUGUACGGAGUGGUCAUGGGGUACCUGGAGAGUGAUAUUGAACCUGAUAUUGAUCUCUACACUGGAAAGAUUACCAUGACACCAAUACUUUUUUAUGCAUUUUGGAAUUUGACAGAUCCUUGGAGCAGGACAAUAGUCAGUCUAGCAUCAGUGCCUCGUCUGGUAGCACUCAUAGGAGUAAUGCUACUCUCCAUAGGUGUCCUGGCUUCAGGAUACCUGGCAACUGGUGGUGUGGGAGCUUAUUUAGCACGUCUCAGUGCAGGAGCUGUCAUGGGUAUAGGAGCUAGUAUUAUUAUCAUUCAAAGUGAAAACAUGUUACGUCGUCACUUCAGGACACGGCUUCGGCUGGUGCUGACUUUGAAGAACAUAGCCUUUGCCCUAGGACAGAUCCUGGCGCCAGGAUAUGCCUUUCUACUGUUGUCAAAAGCUGGUUUACAGACUGGAUUAUUUCUUAUGGCUAUAAUCUUUAUACCAACAGCGCUAGGCGCUGCGACAUUUGCUCCUCCAGCACUUCAAUAUGCUGCACCCUAUACUCUUUUACUUGGCGAAGAAGACAAUGAACUCACGAUCAAGGACACCAGUCCAGACGUUACUAGAGGAACUCAGCAUGAAACUGAAGCUGGCCAGACCGAUGCAAGUAUUCGUGCAUUAGAACAAGGACAGAGACCGGAACAGGAACCAGAAACUGCUGAAGGACCUCCACCACUGUUUGGUGCAGGCAGUAACUCUUUUUCCUAUGAAGAUCCUGAGGAUGAUGUUAGUUUGUUCGUUACUCCUAUUGCUCGUGUUAGUACUACCUGGAGCGAUGAAUUCAGAACAAUGAAGUUGGUGACGUUUUGGUUCGCUGUUUUUGCCUGGACUGGGCUUAAAAUUGGACCACUAUCUAUUUGUUUGCUCCUUCCACUUUUGACUAUUGUUCGUGUCAAUUCUGCUACCCUAGCUGAUGGAGUAAUAGUUCUUAUUGUACUAGGUGUGGGUACCUUGAUACCUGCUAUUGGUUCCUACUGGAACUUAAAGACAGCUCACCAAAGAAGUGUGUAUUUUGGUUUAUCUUGCUGGCUAGGAGGUUUUGUUCUUCCUUGGCCUACAGUAUGAACUAUACUUGGCUUACAGUUUGUGCCUUCCUGGGUGGUAUUAGUAUAGGUGGAUUAACCGUAUCACAGGAAUCAGCGUUGAGGGAUGUUCUUGGUGCUCAAACUGCUAAUCAUGCUCAUACUGCUCUCUCUACUAUUGUUGGAU